CACGCUUGUUUGCUAGCCUGCAUAAAACUUAGUACUCUCGACAACGUACGCGUUCAUAUAAUAUAUAUCGCGUGAAAUAGACAAGUGUGUUUUCCUAGAGCUGAAGGUUGCCCUUUAUGCGCCAUGAACCUGUGAUCCUAAAGUUAUUAAAGCAGAGAAGUUGUCCGCAUACCGACGGUAGUGCAAAGGAAAAAUGUUCUUAUAAAAUAGAGUGCAAAUUAUUUUCACAGAUACGCUCAACGCACUCGUAAAUAUACUCGUCUCGGAUUCGUAUUCAAAUAUUUCGGUUUAAAAAUGAUCGCGUAUUUUUUGCUUACGAUUUUUGUGCUGUGGUUUAUCCUAUUUAGAUAUCGAAGGAGGAGAAUGUAUAAGUUGGCUUCGGUCAUUCCUGCUCCAAAGGGCGAUUUUCCCGUUAUAGGAAUAACGAGCUACUUGGCAGGGAGUACAGAAGAUAUAAUGUUGACUAUGCAAAGAUUCAGCUACUCGGCUAUGGAAAACGACGGCAUCAUAAAAGGCUGGUUAAAUCAUAUACUUUACUUUUUAGUAUGUGAUCCGGUCGAUUUAGAGAUGAUACUAAAAACCUGCCUCGAAAAAGACGACUUACAUAGAUUUAUGCGAAAGGUCAUCGGCUAUGGCAGUAUUUUUGCACCAGUUUCAAUAUGGAGACGUCGCAGAAAGAUCAUUAUUCCAGCAUUUAGUCCAAAAAUAAUUGAAAAUUUUUUUGAUGUUUUUUCGGAACAUAGCGUAAAGCUAGUGGAAAAAUUAGCUAAUAAAACUGGAACUGGAUAUUUCAGCAUUUAUUCAUAUUUAACUGCUUAUACGUUGGAUUCAGUGUGUGAAACAGCGAUGGGUGUUAAAUUGAAUGCUCAGAAUAAUUCGAAUUCACCUUUUGUUACGUCAUUAAAUCAAGUUCUAGCCAUAAUUUGUAAAAGGAUCUUUCAUUUAUGGCUACAACCUGACUGGCUGUUUAAAUUAUUUCCACAAUAUUCUAAACAUGAAGCGUGUAUCAAAAUUCUACACGAUUUUACGGAUGAAGUAAUACAAAAUAAACGAGCCGAGUUGAAGAAAGAAAAAGACGCUCAGCCAGAAGACCAAGUUCAUUACAAUCUAGAUGAUUAUCAAAGGAAGAAUUUACUUGAGCAACUUAUACACCUCUCUGGUUGUGAAAAUGGAUACACAGAUCUUGAACUACGUGAGGAAAUUUUGACUUUGUCGAUUGCUGGCACUGACACCACUGCCCAUUGUAUAGGAUACACUUUACAGCUGCUAUCUAAGUAUCCGGAAAUACAAGAUAAAGUAUACGAAGAGCUAUGUACAGUUCUAGAAGACUCAAAACGUCCUAUUGUUAAAGACGAUUUACAAAAAUUAAAAUAUUUAGAGAGAGUUGUUAAAGAAUCUUUAAGGCUGUUCCCUCCCGUGCCUUUCAUCAUUCGGAAAGUAGAGAGAGACAUUGCGUUACCGUCUGGGCGCGUAUUGCCCAGCGGUUCAGGUGUAGUGGUGUCAAUUUGGGGAUGUCAUCGUGAUCCAAAAUACUGGGGUUCGGAUGCUGAACACUUCGAUCCAGACAGGUUUCUUCCAGAGCGUCUGAAUUUGAAACAUGCCUGUUCUUUUAUGCCGUUCAGCAAUGGUCCAAGAAAUUGUGUCGGUUACCAAUACGCCCUCAUGUCCAUUAAGACGAUACUGGCGACAUUACUUCGUAACUACAAAGUCGUUGGAGAACCGGAGAAAGGCCCGAUACCUCAUAUUAAAGUAAAAUUGAAUAUUAUGAUGAAGGCCGUUGAUGAAUAUCAAUUAGCUUUAGAAAAGAGAACACCUUAAACUAAGUCUAACUAACAAAAAUUUUUUUUUUGUUCUGCUCACUGUAGUAGCGAAAUGUGUACAAUGUAGUCAGUUCGGAAUUUCCCUGGGAAGUUUGUUUUAUCUUCGAUUAUAUUAUGUUAACUUUUAGUGAAAUAUUUUUCAAAAUUUCCCCAAAAAUUCAAUAAAUCUAUGUUAAAUUGUUUUUGUAAAGAGAGGUUUUGGUCUAUAAUAAAAAUAAUACUUAAAACAAUUAAAUUUCCAAAUACAGGCAUAAGAGUUUUGUUACAAUAACGUGUAGAUAGCUUAAAUAGUAUUAAAUAUAUACUUGAAUAUGUGUCAAAAGUGUUUUUAUUUAAUAAAAGACUU